GGGCGGAGUGUUGGAUCUCUGCCGCUGAGAAAGAUCAUCACAGAAACUGAGAGAAGCUCGAAUCCACAGCAGGCUCCUGAUCUUCUUCACUCAGGAUGGACCUCACCUCCUUCCUCCUCCUCUUCCUCUCCUCUCUCUGCUGCUCCUGCUGCUUCGGGGCUGCUCCUCCGAACUUUGUCCUGGUUUUCGCCGAUGAUUUGGGUUUCGGGGAUCUGGGCUGUUACGGACACCCCACCUCUCUCACCCCGAACCUGGACCGUCUGGCCGCGGGAGGACUCCGCUUCACCGACUUCUACGUCUCCAGCCCGGCCUGCAGCCCGUCCAGAGCUGCGCUGUUGACGGGACGCUACCAGACUCGCUCCGGCAUCUACCCAGGAGUGUUGUACCCGGGCUCUAUAGGGGGUCUUCCUCUGAACGAGACCACCAUCGCUGAGGUCCUGAAACCUCUGGGCUACGCUACAGCUGCCGUGGGAAAGUGGCACCUGGGAUUUGGGGCCAAUGGGAUGUUCCUUCCAACCAAGCAGGGGUUUGACCAGUACAUGGGGAUCCCUUACUCCCAUGACCAGGGCCCCUGUCAGAACUUGACUUGUUUCCCUCCAGAUGUGAAAUGUUUCGGACUUUGUGAUGUCGGCGUAGUAACCGUCCCGCUAAUGUACAAUGACGUCAUCAAGCAGCAACCGGUCGACUUCCUAGACCUGGAGAAUAAGUACAGUGACUUCGCGACCAACUUCAUCACCACAUCGGCCGAGAAGAAUCAACCUUUCUUCCUCUACUAUCCCUCUCAUCACACCCACUACCCCCAGUAUGCUGGUCCAGGGGCCGCUGGGAAGUCUUUAAGGGGCCCAUUUGGAGAUGCUCUGCUGGAGUUUGACAACACUAUUGGAAACAUACUGACAGCCCUGGAGAAGACAGGAGUCAUCAACAACACUCUGGUCUUCAUCUCUGCAGACAAUGGACCUGAGCUGAUGCGUAUGUCCCGUGGCGGUAAUGCUGGCCCUCUGAAAUGUGGGAAAAGCACCACAUAUGAGGGGGGCAUGAGGGAGCCAGCCAUCGCGUACUGGCCAGGUGUCAUCCAACCAGGUUUGACUCAUGAGCUUGCCAGCACUCUAGACAUCCUCCCCACCAUCUCAACCCUGGCAGGAGCCAAACUGCCCCAGGUGAUGCUGGAUGGAGUCGAGAUGACGGAGAUACUUGUCAAACAAGGAAAGAGUAAAAGGGAGACGAUGAUAUUCUACCCCACAGACCCCAGUGAGAUGUAUGGUCUGUUUGCUCUGAGGUUGGGGAAGUACAAGGCCCACUACUACACUCAAGGUUCCAUCAAAAGCAGCACGACCCCGGACAAAGACUGCCAAGUAUCCGCUGUUCUCAAGGCCCACAACCCCCCUCUGCUUUUCGACCUGGAGCUGGACCCCUCUGAGAACUACCCUCUCUCUCUGGAGGGGAAACCCGACCUCCAAGCCCUGCUGGAGAGGAUGAAGAGAGUCAAGCAGCAGUUUGAAGCCUCCAUGGUGUUUGGGCAGAGCCAGAUAUCAAAAGGAAGAGACCACAACCUGGAGCCGUGCUGCAAUCCUGAGUGUACCCCCAAACCCAGCUGCUGCCGGUGCUGAUAGGACAGAUGUGUGGGGGAGGCUGAAGCUACUUGACUGAUUUUACUGUGCAAAGUGCUCAAAGCUCGAAAAGAUGUGAUUUUUGAAAUUAUGCAAUUCUGCAUUAAUCGGUUUUCCUCAGUGAGGAAAUCUUAUUUUUUUGUGUUAAUAUUGAUUAUAUUUCAAAUUAGUAGAGCAACACUCUAUCUUACUGUGUUAAAGACAGUGGAAUAUAUACAUUUAUCUGGAUCUACCAUUCUUCCAUGGGUCAUUCCCGGCUCCUUCACAAAAUGCCAAGUUUCAGUAGUUUUUGUGAAUUCUGCUAACUAAAAAACAGAGAAACAAAGCCAGAAGAAAACCUAUCCACUUCAGGAAAUAAUGCACGACAUGGAAGGUAUGUUUGUUUGUCUGUUUGUUGGACCACACAAAAAUGACUACUGUUACCUGGUGGAAGGAUGUGUUAAGGGUUUGGAAAGAACCCUUAAAAUGUUGAGGAGGCCCAUCCAGAAAUGUUGGGAUUGUGAGAAAAACAUUUUAGUUGAUUUCCCGGAUAAAUAUGAAUGGAUCUUGAUUUAAAAAACUAGGCACGCUGUGGGGACUGAUUCGGUGCAGAUCAGAAAAAAAUCUGGAGACAGUGAAUUUAAAUGUUUUAUUUUGUAAUACUUUCAUAAGGGGACUUUGGGGCCUUGGUGGAGAUUUGCAGUCUUUAACCGCUCCUCUAGUUUUAAUGGAUCCAUUAUGAAAUGUUAUCUUCAACAUUCUUUAUCAUCAUAAGUUUUUCAAUAUUAAUAUGGAGGUAUUUAUAAAAUGUUUUGCAGCACAUUUCAAUCACACAAACAAAGAUUGGAUGCGAACAAUAAAGAAGACACAAAAGCU